GGUUGGCAGCCCCGUUGGUUCGUACUGGAUAAUGGUAUUUUAUCAUAUUAUAAAUCACAAGAAGAUGUUAACAAUGGUUGUAAAGGAUCCAUUAAAAUGUCAGCUUGUGACAUCUCAGGUUUGCUUGACUUUAUUCUUGAAUAUCUUGGGGACCGCUUGAAACCUCGUAUAUGCCAUAUUUGA